AUGGCUGCUCAGGCUAGUGAGAACCUGCAGAAGCUUGACCUGAACGGUCAGAGCGGCGACGUCAAGGCCGACGCUCCCGCCGCUGGUCAGGCCGAAGCCGGAGAGGCAGACGAUGAUUCCGAUGACGACGCUGAUGAUGGAGUCCCUGCGGCCGAAGGUGCUGCCAACGGAGCUGCCAAGAAAAAGAAGAAGCGCAAGAGCAAGAAGAAGAAGAAGGGUGGUGCCAAGGUCCAGAGCUCGCCUCCGAGGGUCCCCGUCGCGAACCUAUUCCCCAACAACCAAUUCCCCGAGGGCGAGAUUGUCGAGUACAAGAAUGAGAAUUCUUACCGGACCACCAACGAGGAGAAGCGCUACCUCGACCGCAUGAACAAUGAUUUCCUGCAGGAGUACCGCCAGGGAGCCGAGGUCCACCGUCAGGUCCGCCAGUAUGCGCAGAAGAACAUCAAGCCCGGCCAGACCUUGACGGAGAUUGCGGAGGGCAUCGAGGAUUCCGUGCGUGCUUUGACGGGCCACUCGGGUCUUGAAGAAGGCGACAACAUCAAGGGCGGUAUGGGAUUCCCUUGCGGUCUGAGCAUUAACCACUGUGCUGCUCAUUACACCCCCAACGCGGGCAACAAGAUGGUGUUGCAGCAGGGUGAUGUGAUGAAGGUUGACUUCGGCGCGCACCUGAACGGCCGGAUCGUCGACAGUGCAUUUACUAUGGCCUUUGACCCGGUGUAUGACCCGCUUUUGGAAGCCGUGAAGGAUGCCACCAACACUGGUAUUCGCGAGGCGGGUAUCGACGUCCGCAUGAGCGACAUUGGUGCCGCCAUCCAGGAAACCAUGGAGAGCUACGAGGUGCAACUCAAUGGCACCAUGCAUCCUGUGAAAUGUAUCAGGAACCUCAACGGUCAUAACAUUGACCAGCACGUCAUUCACGGGGGCAAGAGCGUCCCCAUUGUGAAGGGCGGAGACCAGACCAAGAUGGAGGAAGGCGAGGUGUUUGCCAUCGAAACCUUCGGUAGUACCGGAAAGGGUUACGUGAGAGAAGACAUGGAAACCUCUCACUACGCUUUGGAUGCCAACGCCGCUCCCGUGCCCUUGCGUCUGUCCUCGGCGAAGAAUCUGUUGAACGUGAUCAACAAGAACUUCGGCACUCUGCCAUUCUGCCGCCGGUAUCUUGACCGAUUGGGACAGGACAAGUACCUGCUUGGGUUGAACAACCUGGUGUCAUCUGGAAUUGUCCAGGACUACCCGCCGCUGUGCGAUGUCAAGGGCUCGUACACGGCCCAAUAUGAACAUUCUCUCCAUCCUCCUAACCUCUCCGCGCCCUCCUUAUCCUCCCAUUCCACCAUGCCGUCCGUCGUCGCUACGGCUCCCACACCGCAACUCCGCGUGUCCGCCGCAAAGGGCUCCGCCGCCGAUGGGAAGCCCUCUCCCCGAGUCCCUCCCCCCGAGAAGUCCGUUGUCGAGGAUCAGUUCUUCUGGACGUACACGGAAGAACCGCAUCGGUCCAGACGGCAGGCAAUCAUCAAAGCCCAUCCCGAGGUAACCAAGCUCUGCGGACCCGAACCGCUGACCAAAUAUGUGGUACUGGGUGUCGUCUCACUGCAGAUUUGCUGCGCAUAUCUGCUCCGUGACACGUCCAUGUUGUCCUGGAAAUUCCUUGCUACGGCGUAUAUAAUUGGUGCGACGGCGAACCAGAACCUGUUCCUGGCUAUCCACGAGAUUUCUCACAACCUGGCCUUCCGGUCUCCCAUGGCCAAUCGUCUGUUGGCCAUUUUCGCCAAUCUUCCAAUUGGACUUCCCUAUAGCGCUGCGUUCCGGCCUUACCAUCUCACCCACCACAAGUCCCUCGGCGUCACCGGUCUCGAUACCGAUCUCCCGACGGCCGUGGAGGCAUUCCUCCUCGAUUCCCUCCUCGGCAAGGCUUUCUUCUGCACCUUCCAGAUCCUCUUCUACGCCGUCCGUCCCAUGUUCGUUUACAGCCCUCCCUUCACGAUCAUCCACCUCGUGAACCUAGUCGUGCAGCUAUCGUUCGACUACGCCCUCACCAGGAUCUCUGGCGGCUCGAUUCAGCCGCUCUUGUACCUGAUUGCCAGUUCGUUCCUCGCCGGCUCGCUGCACCCCUGCGCCGGGCACUUCAUCGCCGAGCACUACUUCUUCUCCAACGUGCAGCACGGCACCGAGUCCAUCGAAUACCAGAAGCAGAACAAGAAGCAAGAGCCCCACCCGCUCGACUCGCUGCCGCCCCCAGAAACCUACUCCUACUACGGCCCCCUGAACAUCUUCACCUACAACGUGGGCUUGCACAACGAGCACCACGAUUUCCCCGCCAUCCCGUGGACGAAGCUGCACGCGCUGCACCGCAUCGCCUCCGAGUUCUACGAGCCGCUGCCCUGCCACCGCAGCUGGGUGUGGGUGAUCUGGACCUUCAUCCUGGACAAGAACGUCGGCAUGUGGUGUCGCGUGAAGCGGGCCCAGGGGGGCCGCGUUGUCGGUGGAGGCGGUAGUAAAAACGGACGAGGUGGCGAGGGCAUCUCUGCCGCGUCGGCUGGUCCGGACGAGUCAGGCGAUGGGUGGAAGGAGAGCGAGCUUCAGAACUGA